AUGCACAAGCAGGUUCCCUUCGUGGUGCGCUUUCACACGAGAUUGUUUCAAAUCAUCGGUUGCUGCGAUGUUUCGUGGCAGACACAGCCGCGAGAGAAGAGACUUGCCGAACAACGCUUAGUGGCCUGGACCGUUCUAGUUUUGCUAAUAUAUUCUUUCGUCUUCAUAAAUACCUUUGUACAUCCGUCGGCUUUCCUCUUCACCAGUGAAAGUUUUGGUUACUUCGUAGAUGCGCUAAAAGUUUGCUUAGCUUAUGUUACAGUGGCCAUCAUCUAUACGGAGACGGUGUUGCGUCGGCAUGCCUUACAGCACUUUUGGCAGAGAUAUGCGUUGCUAAAUCCAGCAUCAAAUCAACAAGUUGAACCAAUGAAAAUUGAUUGGCGCUCACAGUUGAGAGCAUAUCAUCGAUUUCUCUACGUCUUCUACGGUAUAACGGUGUUUGAUUUGAUUUUAGAGAUUAUAUAUUAUGUUACGCGUGCGAAGGACGAUCAUAUGCUACAGUUUUUGCUUAUGUUCACACCCUAUACAUAUAUGAUACAUUUGCGGAAUAUGCAAAUCAUAUUCCAUAUUGUGAUUAUAAAUCAUGAACUGGUGAAAUUGCGCCACGACAUUGGCCUGCUGGCGGAGUAUACCCGUUUUACACGUAACACAAUGCCUUUCGUGGGUUUCGAAGAUUUCGUACGUCAAAAGCUAGCUGAGAAGCAGCUGAUAUAUCAACGUAUCUAUGAAAUGUGCGACUACUUUCAACAGGCCCUUGGCGCUUCAACGAUUGCUGUCCUUCUCAUGACGUAUGUUCGUUUAGUCGUCGACGCAUACUUCUCGCUGUACUCGUUUCACACGAAAACCCAGCCUAAGUAUAUAGAAAAUUUAUUGCUGCUGCCGGCGUACUUAGAGAUUCCAGCACUUUUAUUGACCUCACAAAAGUGCAUGAACGAGGUGAAGUUCAUAGCAUUUGAACUGCAUAACAUUCGGAGCUCCGUGGAUAACUCACUUAUAUCGAUUCAGAUACAAAAUUUCUCGCUACAAAUAUUACAUCAGAAAAUUCGUAUUGAUGGUUUGGGUAUAUCCGCUUUGGAUGGAAAAAUGCUAGUCAGUAUUGUGGGCUCUAUAACAACGUACAUGGUGUUUUUCAUACAAUUUAUGCCGAAAUUCAAAAAUUUAUAAAUACUACGUAGCUGAAGCAACAAAUAUUGUGUUUGUAUGUAUGUAUGUACAUCGAAGUUGCUUCAAUUUGUAUGCACAACGGUAUUUACAUAAACCGCAAAUAUUUCAAGUGUUACGAUGUUAUCAAAGCUUAUACGCAUUACUUAAACUAAAAACUAACCAUAUGUAUGUAUGUAUGUAUGUAUGUAUAUACUAUAUGUACUUAGCUACUAAUAUAUUAUGUAAGCAUACAAAUUUUAUGUGUUUUUUGUGUAUAUAGAAUAAAAUAUUUGCAACAUCCGAGCGUUAUGUGAACUUCGUUGCUUGGAAUUACUGGUAGCUUGGUUAAAAACACAAAUAAAGAAGAAAAAAAAUAACGAAAAACAAAUCAUGA